AUGGCCUGGAUAGACUAUCGUAAGGCAUAUGAUAUGGUACCUCAUUCCUGGAUAGUGGAAUGUAUGAGUAUGUUCAAAAUCGCAGCAGAUGUGAGAACGUUUGUGGAAGGUAGUAUGGAGAACUGGAAAACGGAGUUAACAUCUUCGGGAGAAAGCCUAGGAAAUGUGAAUAUAAGACGAGGUAUUUUUCAAGGAGAUAGUUUAUCUCCUUUGAUAUUUGUGAUGUGCAUGAUACCAUUAAGCUUGAUACUGAGAAAGGAAAAGGUAGGGUAUGAAUUUCCCGGAAAAGAACUCAAAAUCAACCAUCUUCUAUUCAUGGAUGAUCUGAAGAUGUUUGGAAAGAACAAGCAGCAAAUAGACUCACUGGUGAAAACUGUCAAUAUUGUUAGCAAAGGCAUUGGAAUGGAAUUUGGGAUAAAGAAAUGUGGAAUGCUUGUAAUGAAAAGAGGAAAGAUUGUGGAAUGUAAUGGAAUACAGCUACCUGAUGAGGAAACAAUAAAGUCCGUAGAAGAAGAUGGAUAUAAUUUUCUUGGUAUACUGGAAUUAGAUAAAAUUAUGGAGGGUGAAAUGAAGAGAAAGUUUGUAAAGGAAUACGGGAGGAGAUUAAGACUGGUGCUGAAAUCAAAACUGAAUGGCAGAAACAAAAUCAUGUCGAUGAACACUUGGGCUGUUGCGCUGCUGAGGUACGGAGCUGGUGUUUUGAACUGGACAAAAGAUGAAAUUGCUGCAAUGGAUCGCAAAACACGUAAACUGAUGACACUGUAUGGUGCUCUUCACCCAAGAAGCGAUAUUCAUCGAUUAUAUUUACUGAGAGAAAAGGGCGGAAGAGGUUUGAUCAGUUGUGAAUGAUGCAUUCGUACAGAGGAGAACAGUUUGGUAUGGUAUGUAAAGAACAGUGUGGAACCACUUUUACAACAAGUUGCAAAGACAGGUGUGAUUGAAACGGAAAGAUGCGAAACAAAAGAAAAUUUUAAGAAGAAAGCAGUAGAGGAGCUAGAGAAAGCCUGGAUUGAUAAGAAAAUGUAUGGACAAUAUAACAGAGAUUUAGGUAAAGAAGUGGAUAGGAAGAAUACAUGGUGGUGGCUGAAGAAAGGAGACUUGAAACCUGAGACUGAAGCACUUCUGUGUGCUGCACAAGAACAAGCUCUAAGGACAAAUUACGUAAAGUUUCACAUAGAUAGAACUGUUGAGUCUCCCCUCUGUAGACUUUGUGGGGAAAAGGGAGAGCAUAUAACACACUUGAUAAGUGAAUGCAAGAAGCUAGCACAAAAAGAAUACAAACGAAGACAUGACAAUGUGGCUCGCAUUGUACACUGGAAGCUAUGUGGUUUGUACCAACUAGAGAAAGCUGAAAAUGGUAUGAACACCAACCAAACGGAGUAAUUGAAUCAGAUAAUGUAAAGAUUCUCUGGGAUUUUAACAUACAGUGCGAUCAUGUGAUUGAAUGUCGAAGACCUGAUAUUGUAGUGGUUUUAAAGAAGGAAAAGGAAUGCAAGAUCAUCGACAUCGCAGUUCCAUGGGACUGUAGAAUUGAUAUAAAAGAAACAGAGAAGGUAGAAAAGUAUGAGCAGUUGAAAAGGGAAAUUCGGAAAAUAUUGGCAAUGAACAAAUAGAAGUCAUUCUAAUAGUUGUAGGUGCCUUAGGAGCAGUUAGUAAUAAACUGGAUAAGUGGAUUGAGUAAUUGGGAAUACAUAUAAGAAUAGAACUUCUACAAAAAACAGCAUUGUUAGGGACGGCAAGAAUACUGAGAAGAAGCUUGGAAAGCUAAAAUCUUUGGGACCUGAGGCUACUGGUUGUAGCCAGCUUCCAAGGAAAAACAUAGCCAGCAUAAGAACAAAGCUGUGAAAAACAUGUAAUAAUAAUAAUAAUAAUAAUAAUAAUAGUAAUAAUAAUAAUAAUAACAAUAAUAAUAAUAAUAAUAAUCGAAACUUUAUUUAUUUCAUAAUAUACCAUAAAACUAUAUUUACAUUGAUAAACCUCGCUCAUAAAGGUAGUUUAUCGAUGACUACUUGAAAACAUGUGGGUUAUAUAAAUGUACAAAAAUUGGAAAUUUAAUAUUGUUCAAAAUUUUAGAAGCUCUGGGCUAGUCCAGUCUUUGUUUCGCUGACAGAAUACAUAAUAUGAUGUGCGAAUACAAAUAGCAAUGAUUUUCUUUUUAAUGUAUUUAAUUUGUUGUUUAUCGAACUUCAGUUCCUUGAGCAUAUCUGUUAAGGUGUUCGUCGAUUUACCAAAAACGCUUAGCGAGCUUAUGGAUACAUUAACAAAUUUUACCUUAUCAUAGUUACUUUCUUGAUCUGAAAUAAGCGACAGGUAUUUUUUAUGUUUUCGAUCUGAGUUAGAGUUAAGAUUUGUUUCAAAGCCAACAGUCAGUUCCAAAACAUAUAAAACUUUAUUUUCAAUUGCUAAGAGAAGGUCUGGACGUAACUGAUCACCAGUGAUAACUGACGGAGUAAUAAAGCCAGGCAAAUCUACGUAGAGUUUGGAUCGCUCGGCACUCAUAAGGCUGGAUGCAAUGAAGUUCAGGACUGAAUUAUGCCGCCACGUAAAUAGCCCUUCAUCUAGAUAUGCUUUACAACCAGAGAUGACGUGCAGGAGUGACUCAGGAGAGGCAUGGGUGUACCGAAAGGAAAAAAUUAGGGGGGCAGAUAGAAAUUUGCCCGACUUUUCGGGAUUCCAUUUAUUUUUAUAACAAACCAAAAUUGCCCGACUGUUCAUCGAAUAUUGCCCAACUGCCCAAAAAACUGGGGUGGGGCUACCGCCCCCUCCCCCCCCCCCCGAAAGAAAGAACCUUGUGAGAUAAGGUGGUUUUGUAGUCUCUGUUCAUUUUCAUUCCUAAAGGCUUUCAAGACAUCCUUCGUAUUUUUAUAUAUAUCAUACUGAAUAUUCUUGUUCGUGCUUGUUAUUGCCCAUAAUUUGUUGAUGUCUUCGUUUAUAGACGCUUUUAAAGUUGAACGAGUUGAAAAGUUGAGUUGUUGUUUGUUUUGUUUUUUUGUUUUUUUUUAUUUUUAUAAUAAUAAUAAUAAUAAUAAUAAUCAUAAUAAUAAUAAUAAUAAUAAUAAUAAUAAUAAUAAUAAUAAUAAUAAUAAUAAUAAUAAUAAUAAUAAUAAUAAUAAUAAUAAUAAUGGAAACUUUAUUAAAAUUAUAUACGUAUAUAUACAAUUAUAAAUCUCACUAAUUUAGGUAAUUUAUAAUUGACUACUUGAACCUACUUAAUAUUUAUAUAUUAAUAAUGAGUAUCCUUAAAUGUUCAGUAAUUCCGGAUUUAACCAGUCCUUAUCUCUGCAACAAAAUAUAUAAUAUGUUGUCCUAAUCGCGAUAGACAUAAUUUUCCUGAUAGCGAAAUAUUGGUGUCUUUUAUCAAGACCUAGAUCAGUUAACAUAUCUAAAAAGGAAUGACAUUCUUUUGAGAAAACGCCUAAAGAACUAAUUGACAAAUUUACAAAUUUUACGGAUUUAAAUUGUUUCUUUUGCUGUGUAAUGAGAUCUUCGUAUCUUCUUCUUUUCCGAUCAACAUUUGUUUGUAGAUUAGACUCAUAGCCAACAGAAAGUUCAAGGAUAUAGAGACAAUCCGAGUUGAUAGAUAGAAGUAGGUCUGGGCGGAAUGUGUCACCAGUUACAAUUGAUGGGCUUUUAUAACCAGGAAGAUCGACGAAAAGAUUGGAGUUGUUUACAGGUUGUAGCGUUUGUGCUAUGAAGUUCAGAACAGAAUCAUGUCUCCAUGUAAAUCGUGGGAGGUACGUUUGACAUCCAGCAACUACGUGUAAAAGGGUUUCAGGGUUUAAGCAGAAGGAGCAAUCAGAGUUGGACAAUAUUCCCCAUUUAGUAAGGUUUUUACGAGUUGGAAGUGAGUUAUUGAUGUAACGAAUGGUGAAGUUAUAGAUGUUCUUUGGGAGGUUUGAUUGGGAUUUAGACCAUAUACCGUUUAAUUUCGACAGUGAAAACUUAAUGACAUUUGAGAAGAAGGAGCCUUGCAAAAUCAGAUGAUUCUACAGUUUGUCUUCUUGUCCGGAGGUAAAAGUUUUAAGGACUUCCUUUGUCGAGGUGUAGACGUCGUACUGAAUGUUUUUGCUUUCAGAUGUUAUUUUCCAGAGGUCUUUUAUGGAAUGAUUUGGAGAGGUCUUUAAGGCGUUACGAGCAACUGUUUGGCACUGAACAAACUUAAUUGACGGCGGGUAGAUAUUUAGACCAAACUUGUUACUG